GUCGAGUCGAGUCAGUGAGAGAGCCCGAGGCCCCCGAAGCGCCACGUCCCGUCUCCUCACCUCACACCCACACCCCAACACACACCCCCACACACAGAGGUCCAGCCCGCGGCCCCGACAGCCCGCUCUCCGCACACCGUCCCGCCGCCUCCGCCGCUACUCUUGACCACUUGACCCCCCCCCUCCCCACCCACCCCGAGGAUGUGGGGCCUGGCUGUGCUGUGCCUGGCCGCUCUGGCUCGCGCCUCCCGCGCCGCCGUCGAGGACAUCGCCACCGAGGACGACGUGCUGGUGCUGAAGAAGGACAACUUCCAGAAGGCGCUGGAGACGCACCGGUUCCUGCUGGUGGAGUUCUACGCUCCCUGGUGCGGCCACUGCAAGGCCCUGGCUCCUGAGUAUGCCAAGGCGGCUGGGAAACUGAAGGAGGAGGGCUCUGAGAUCAAACUCGCCAAAGUAGAUGCCACCGAGGAAUCGGACCUGGCACAGAAGUUUGGGGUUCGGGGUUACCCGACCAUUAAGUUCUUCAAAAACGGGGACGAGGCCAGCCCUAAGGAGUAUUCUGCCGGGCGACAGUCUGAAGACAUCGUCAACUGGUUGAGGAAACGCACUGGCCCGGCUGCCGAGACCAUCACCGAAGCCAGCGCCGCUGAGAAGCUGGUGGAUUCUUCUGAGGUGGUGGUGAUCGGAUUCUUCAAGGAUGUGGAAGGAAGCGAUUCCAAAAUCUACAUGGACGGGGCGGAAUCCAUCGAUGAGGUUCCGUUUGCAAUCACCUCCCACCCAGACCUGUUUGCCAAGUAUGACAUGAAGGAGGAUGGAGUCGUCCUGUUUAAAAAGUUCGACGAGGGCCGUAACACGUUUAAUGGAGAAUUUACCAAGGAGAACCUCAUUGAAUUCGUCAAGAGCAACCAGCUGCCUCUCGUCAUCGAGUUCACUGAACAGACUGCUCCAAAGAUCUUUGGCGGGGAUAUAAAAACCCAUGUGCUGCUAUUUUUACCAAAGAGCUCCUCCAGCUUCCAAGAGAACCUGGACAACUUCAAGAAGGCAGCUGAAAACUUCAAGGGCAAGAUCCUGUUCAUCUUCAUCGACAGCGAAGUUGAUGACAACCAGCGAGUUCUGGAGUUCUUUGGCUUGAAGAAGGAGGAGUGCCCCUCCAUCAGGCUCAUCACCCUUGAGGAGGAGAUGACCAAGUACAAGCCCCAAUCUGAGGAGAUCUCCGUUGAGAAUAUCAAGGGUUUCUGCGAUAAAUUCCUGGAUGGGCAACUGAAGCCUCACCUGAUGAGCCAAGACAUUCCUGAGGACUGGGACAAGACCGCUGUCAAGGUUCUGGUGGGGAAAAACUUUGAAGAGGUGGCCUUCGACGAAACAAAAGAUGUUUUCAUUGAAUUCUAUGCCCCAUGGUGUGGACACUGCAAACAACUGGCUCCUAUCUGGGAAUCCCUAGGAGAAAAAUACAAGGAAAAUACCAAUAUAGUCAUUGCCAAGAUGGAUUCCACUGUCAACGAGAUUGAAUCUGUAAAGAUCCACAGUUUCCCCACACUAAAGUUCUUCCCUGCUGGCACUGAUAGGAAGAUCGUAGACUACAGCGGUGAGAGGACGUUGGAAGGAUUCAGCAAAUUUCUAGAUAGUGGAGGUGCUGACGGAGGUGCUGAUGAGGACCUUGAAGAUCUUGAAGCAGAUGAGGCAGAGGAUUUGGAGCCUGAAGAUGAAGAGGAGAAACAUGUUCAUUUGCCAGAUGAAUUAUAAAAGGAAGAAGAAAAAAGCAUCCAAAAAACACUUUUUUUGUAUGGUUUCAAACAAAAUAAUGCAGUAAAAUGAAAUAUUUAACAUGCUGAGUCUGAGUAAAUAAAGACAGGGAGUUCCCAACAGAUCCUCAAUGUUCACAGUAAUCAUUUUGCUGUUAAUUUAUUUGGGAUCAUCUUUAAUUGUUUAAAAUCACAAAACCGUUAUCUACAUUUGGAAUUUUUUUUGUUACUGAUUCGUGCGAUGUACUUUUGUACAGGUUUUUUUUUAACUUGUUUGUACUGUUUAACAUUACGUAUUUGCCUGGUAAUGGAAGUUUGUCUAGCACGUCACCAGUUCUGUGCCUAAAGGGCACUGAGUGCUAAACUAGCAGCUAUUUCUUGAGGGGGGGGAAGAGAGAGUGAGAAAGUACCUAAAGCCAUUGAAUCCUUCAGCCUCAGCAUUGGCUGUAAGGGAUUGCUAGUUUUUGCAUCUUAAGAACUUUUCUGUUUUUGAGAUCGAUUCUUAUUUCCUACUUUGAAUCGGGUCCUGGGGUGGUAGAUAAAUUAUUUUUUUUGAGGGGGUGGGUGGGAGGGGCAAGGGAGGUUGGUUGGGGUGGGUGGCAGUAGGGUACCCUGCAGCAGAUGAAGAGUCUGGGGGCGAGGAGGCUUCAUCAAGUGAACUGUGCAAUUCUUUGAGCAUUCCAACCUGUUAAAACAUUUUGAUGGCCAGGAUUAAUUAAAAAGAAAUUAAACUUU